GUUUGUAUCUAUUCAACAAUACAAAUUAAACACUAAUUAACUUUUUGUUAAAUAACGAAACAAAAAUCUCAAUUUUUUAACAUGGCUAAAUUCGUGCAAAUCCUUUUCGUUGCUUUGUUGGCUGUAGCUUUGUGCUCCGCUGAAGCUCCCCGCUCUCGUACAUCCCGCUUCCAAGCUAGACGCAAUCGUUUCUUGGCUCGUCAAGAAGCUGCUGAACCCGCUGCCGUUACUCCUUAUCCCACUGCUGAUGAAUUAAAACCUGAAGUACCUUUUGAUGAAGCUGUUGCCGCCGAAGAACAACAACCCAACCAACCCGAUGAAGUUUAUGGCCCACCAGAAGAAGAAGCUCCCGUUGAAACUGAUGAUGUUGCUGCCGCUGAAGAAGAACAAGCUGUUGCCGAUGAAGAGGUUGCUGUUGCCGAAGAAGAAGAACAAGCUGUUGCCGAAGAAGAGGCUGCUCCCGCCCGUUUAACUGCUCGUCGCACCUCAUCUGCCCGUAGAAGUUCAGUCCGUCCCGCUAAAUUGCGCAAAGCCGCUCCUGCCCGUCUCCAACUCCAACCCCAAUUUGUGCCCCAACCUCUUUUCUACUACGUUGCUCAAUAAGUUGUUCAACAAUUGUGAUUUAAUAUACAAUUUAGUAUAUUAACUAAUUAUCUUUAAUGCUUUUAAUUUUUGUAAUAAAUUUUAGACAUGUUAAAAAAUAUCGACCACAAAACUACUAACACUUAAAUAGAAAAAUGAUA